AUGGCAUCAAUGCAGCAUCAUCCCCACCACGCGCCGCAAGGUCAAGGUCCUCCACCUUCGCACCAUCUUCAACAACAACCGCGACCUUCGAGUAUUGUGCAUCAGCACCAUCAGCAAGCUCCUCCACCACCACAACACCCUAACGCGUAUCCUUCUGGACACGCUUUACCUCAAUAUCCACAAACUGCGACAGGGCCCGGUGGUCAACAUCAAGAACUUCCAUAUUACCCAACUCACGCAAGUCCUUACAGUACUCCAAGCGCAUCGGGUACAUAUUCAUCCGCAGGUCCAGAAACUCCAGACAUCAUGGCGGCCACUCAACAUAUGACCCGAGCUCCAUAUCCACCAAUUUACCAAACCCCUCAAUCCAACUCCCCAGCCUCUGUUGCAUCGCCUGCACAUGAGAACAGAAUGUAUGCGUCAUCUUCACAAUUGCAACAAAGCCAGCAGAUGUAUUACCCGGGGCCACCUCAGCAGCAAUAUCCUCCUCCCAUGGCUCCUGGGGGACCUUCUCCAUAUGCGCAACCACCACCACCCCCGCAGCAGCAACAGCACCAUCAUCAGCAAUCCAUGACUUCACAGCCAACAUUGCUCAUGUCACACCAGACAAAUCAGCACCAGAUGCAACCACAUCCUAAUCAGCAUCAACAGCCUGGUAUGACUGGAAGUCCACGAACAAAGAUGGAGCCACACGUUCCACAAAUCGCUAGACCAAAUCCACCUUUAGGGGCUCAGCAUUCUGCGAACGGUACACCUCAAAUGCAGCCCAACAAUCCACCUGGAAAUGGCGGCAGCGGUGUCAAUCCCAAUGCCGCACCGGGUCCAAUUCCAGCAACUACCCCGCUUGUUGUGCGACAAGAUAAUAACGGAGUUCAAUGGAUUGCAUUCGAAUAUUCGCGCGAUCGUGUUAAGAUGGAAUAUACAAUCAGAUGCGAUGUCGAGUCUAUAAACGUUGAAAACCUAGGCCCGGAAUUUAAAACGGAGAAUUGUGUUUACCCGAGGGCGUGCUGCAGCAAGGAUCAAUACAGGGGAAAUCGAUUGGUAUACGAAACGGAGUGCAACACUGUCGGGUGGGCCUUGGCAGAAUUGAAUCCUUGCCUACGUGGCAAACGUGGAUUAAUACAAAGAGCGGUCGAUAGUUGGAGAAACAGUAACCAAGAUCCAAGAUUGAGAAGUCGUCGAGUUCGAAGAAUGGCUAAAAUCAACAACCGUAAAGCGGUUCAAGCGGCUACAAGUCAUAAUCCUCACAUGACCGGUCCAAGUCCUACAGGGAUGCCACCUUCUGCGAACAUGGGCCCUGGCGGUGCGGGAAGCAUGGGCAAACCUAACCUUAGCGGUAUGGGUGGUCCCCAGCUUCAUCACCACCACGCCCAUCCUGAUGGAAGUAACCAAGGAGGAGAAGAAGUCGGUGACGACGAAUAUAUGGAUGAGAAUACUCACCAUCACCAUCAAGCUCCAGUUGGGCAAUCUGCCAAUUCGGGAGACGAUGUGCGACAGAACCAAGCCUUCCCAGGUUUCAACAAUAACUACCCUUCGAGUUCAGUAGGCGGAGCUUCCAUGAUUCCUGGUGCUCACGAUGCACGUCCUUUACCCCGCGGGUCCCACCCAAUUGCCGCACAAUCAAAAGAUGAUGAGGAUGGCGUCGAUGUUUUCGGUAAUGUUCCAGAAGCAAAGAAGCGCAAGUUCAUCUUGGUUGAGGAUCCCGUUAAGCAAAGUCGUGUUCGUGUCCGCGUUACUUUGGAUACGGUCGACAUCAAUGAAAUUCCAGACUCAUACCGAAAGAUCAACUCUGUCUACUCACGAUCUUGGUUCCCUCUGCAAAUGCAAUCGCCUCCUCCAUUGGCAAACGGCAGCGACUUCUUUCAAGAUGAUGAUAGCGAUGAUGAAGUUGAAGGUCGAGGUCGUUCUCGGCGUGGCAGAAAAAUGUUUCCUGUCCAUUUGCCAAAUGGUGAUGAGGCCGAAAUCCCUAUUCCAAGAAUGCGCAAGUCUCAGAGAGCAUUGGAAGUCAAGCUUAAUGAUUUAGGUUACAGGAUGACAUGGCAUCAAAGCAGAACCUUCGCGAACAAGUCGGUUUUCUUACAAAAAGCUCUUGAUGCAUGGCGCAACAAAGUCAAGGAAAACAUCGGUAAUGCAGGAAGAGACGUCACUUCCAUUCCUCAUUUCGAUACUCGCUCCGGCAAGCGACGCUGGUUAGAGAGCACCAAAAAGCGCGAGCAACAAGACACCGACCCUUAA